CUCACACACAUAUCAACAAUGGCUUCCAGAACCUUCAUCUUCUUGCAAUACUCGCUACUGUUUCUCACGCUUCUGCAGUCCACCCACUCAGCCAUCACCCUGAAGCCCAAGAACACCAUCGAGCAAAAGACCCAGACACCAUCCACCUCCAACACCUACAUCAUCCAGACGAACCAUCUCUCCAAGCCAUCCCGAUUCACCACCCUCGACCACUGGUACGCGUCCAUGGUGGCCACCAACUCCACCGGCCGCAUCCUGCACACCUACGACACGGUGAUGCACGGCUUCGCCGUCCGCCUCACCGACGCCGAGGCCCGGCGCAUGUCGAGGAUCCCCGGCGUGUUUGGCGUGCACAGGGACAGAGUGUACCACACCCAGACGACGCGGUCGCCGGGGUUCAUCGGCCUCCACGCGGACUUCGGCGCCUGGCCGGACUCAGAGUUCGGCGACAACGUCAUCAUCGGCGUCGUGGACACGGGUAUCUCGCCUGCGAGCUCCAGCUUCAACGACAGCGGCCUCGGCCCCGUCCGCCCCGGCUGGAAGGGCAAGUGCGUCGACGCCGAGGGCUUCUCCGCCAGCUCGUGCAACCGCAAGCUGGUCGGGGACAAGGUCUUCAUCAACGAAGAGGAUGGCAUAUUCACUCCGAGGGACAAGUUGGGCCACGGCACUCACGUGGCUUCCACGGCCGCCGGCUCGAAGGUCCAGGGGGCCAACAUGCUGGGAUUCUCCCAGGGGAGCGCCAGCGGCGUGGCGCGCAUGGCGAGGAUCGCCAUGUACAAGGCCUGCAACACGUUAACGUGCACCGAGUCGGCCAUCGUUGCGGCGAUCGACGCCGCGGUGAGCGACGGCGUGGACAUCAUCUCCUUGUCCCUCGGGAAACUCCAGGACCCGGCUUUCUACGAUGACAUGGUCGCCGUCGCCAGGUUUGGCGCCACGCGGAGAGGCGUCUUCGUCGUCUUCGCCGGCGGCAACAGCGGUCCCAUAGCAUCGACCGUCAGCAACGUCGCGCCGUGGAUGACCACGGUCGGCGCCGCAACCACGGACCGCGUGUUCCCGGGGAGACUCAGGCUCGGCAACGGCGUGGUGCUCACAGGGCAAUCCCUGUAUGACAUGAAGGCCCAGGGCAUGAACAUGACCCAGCUGGUGCAACUCCUGACCUCCUGUGAGGAGACGGACCUGGCACCCGACAAGGUCAUGGGCAAGAUCGUGGUGUGCACGGGGAUGGAAGGUGCCUCGAACGGCUUCUACGUGCAGAGAGCCGGUGGAGCCGGGGUAGUCUCCGUGGACAGCGACGCACUGUUCUCGGACGGAGUCAUGGUUGAGGCGUACAGCCUUCCCGGCCUCACGCUCAGCACCACUGGACGUAAGAAGCUGGACGCCUACAUGGUGUCGGCGGUGCCGUACCCAGUGGCGUCAUUCAGCUUCUCCUCCCACACGGUGACCGGCGAGACCCGGGAGCCGAUGGUGGCCGGGUUCUCGUCACGGGGCCCCAACCGGCUGGCCCCGGAGCUGCUCAAGCCGGACAUCGUCGCGCCCGGGAUGAACAUCCUCGCCGCCUGGCCUGGCGACAUCCAGCCGACGAACGAGGCCAUCGACCUGAGGCGGGUGGAGUACAACAUCAUGUCCGGCACGUCCAUGGCGUGCCCGCACGUGGCCGGCGUGGCGGCGCUGAUCAGGAAGAGGGACCGCGACUGGACGCCGGCCAUGGUGCGGUCGGCGAUGAUGACGACAACGGCCACGCUCGACAUGAACGGCAGGGGCAUCGUUGACAACGGCAGCGACAACGACACGACGCCGCUCGAGGCCGGCGCCGGGCUCGUGCUACCGCGGCUCGCCAUGGACCCCGGCCUGGUGUACGACGCCGGCGCCAACGACUACGUGGCCUUCCUCUGCAGCCUCAACUAUACAGUCGAGCAAGUACGCCGGUUCGAGCCGGACCUGGCCAGCUGCCCGAGGACGCCGCCGGGCGACGCGGCCGGGCUCAACUAGCCAUCGAUGGUAGUCGUCUUCGACGGCCACAUCGAGGCCCGUGCUCUGACGCGGACAUUGACUAAGGUGUCGCUGCACCCGGAGACGUACCAUGUGACGACCGCGGCACCUGCGGGGAUCAAGGUGGUCGUGACUCCGGCGACCCUCGAGUUCAAGCAGCCCAAGGAGAAGAAGACAUACACUGUGGAGUUCCGGAGACAGGAGGGAGGGAGCGGGAAGCCUGCCGGGUCGUGGGACUUCGGCUACGUCAGCCUGGAGAACAGGAAGCACCGGGUCAGGAGCCCCGUGGCCUUCCUGUGGAACAAUUGA